GCUAUGCUUCAAGAUGUCACUACUAUCAGAGGCUAACGCCAUCUUAGAAGGUGAUCAAAACAAAUAAACUCACCAUCAUGUCUUUGUUCAGUUGUUGAAUUUCUGGGAGAGGUGGUGGUGUCCUCCCAUAAGAGCUUCCAUUAGACACCUGACCCUGACAGCCGGCCUAAAUCCCCCUGCAGACACACCUGCGGAGGGCUGUAUAAAAGCUCAGGUGAGAUGGGUCUCACACACCGAGCCCCAGUGAAGGAGCCGUCCACAGCAUCUCCACACACUAAAGCAACAUGGACCUCAGAGCCUCCAUCUCCCUUCUUGUGCUGCUGCUUGGCCUGUCCAAGGCUCUGCCUGUCAUGGAGGACGGUGAUGAAAAUGAGAUUUUCUUUGAGGAGCCUGACAGUGUGGACAUAACUACUCAGAUUCUGACAACCAAUAAUGCUUCCAGUGAGUUUCUAAUGGAAGGAGAUCUUGUAGUGCCAAGAACCAAGAAUGCUCUGGCUUGCUGGAACAACAACUGCAUAUGGAGGAAGUCUUCUAAUGGGAAAGUUGAGGUCCCCUACACAGUCAGCUCUCAGUUUUCAUCCAAUGACAUGAGGAAAAUCAAAAUUGCCAUGGCAACCUUCAACAGAAGAACCUGUGUUCAGUUUGUUGCUCGCUCGACUCAGAUGGACUACAUCAGCAUUGAGAACAGAGAUGGGUGUUACUCAUACCUUGGGAGGACAGGAGGCGAACAGGUGCUCUCCCUCAACAGGUAUGGUUGUGUUUACCACGGCAUCAUCCAGCAUGAACUCAACCAUGCUCUGGGCUUCUACCAUGAGCAAACCAGGAGUGACAGAGACGAGUAUGUGAAAAUCAACUGGAAUUACAUCAACCCAGAAAUGGCGCACAACUUCCAGAAACAACACACCAACAACCUGAACACUCGAUAUGACUACACUUCUGUGAUGCAUUAUGGGAGAACUGCUUUCACAGUCCAGAAUGGAAAGGAGACAAUCACUCCAAUUCCAAACCCAAAUGUGCAAAUUGGACAGAGACAGGGACUGUCCACCACUGACAUCCGGAGGAUCAACAAACUCUAUGGAUGCUGUGAGUAUGGUGUUCAAACUCCAUCAGAUACAUGGAAAGAGGGCAUCAUUUUAUUUGUCUUUGGGGACACUGAAAUGACAGGAAUCACGAUGGAAGAAUGCUCUCUGAUACCCUGA